AUGAAUUCCUUUCCAUCACCACCUUCUUCACCUCACCUGAGUAGUUUUUCAUUCAAUCAUCAGACACAAGACCAAGUAAUGUGUGGAGAUUGUAACAAAAGCCUUGGUUCAGAUUGGUUUUGUUCAGACUGUCAUAAAAAAUGCAAUAGCUGUAAUCGAUUUCUUGGACAAGAUGAAUACUGUACUCGAUGUUGGUCAUUUGAUCCUGUGAAUCAAGAAUUUUCUCGUAAAUUGAACAAAUAUCAUUCGUCCUUUAUAUCCUAUUGUCCAACACAAACAACCGCUAGUAACCAUAACAGUUUCUCCGGUCUACCUUCACCCUCCAAUUCCACUGGUUCAACAUGUUCAGAACCAAAAUUACUAACUAGGCCAUUUUCUUAUUAA